AUGGUUUCGGUAUCUGAACUUCGACCUUGCUCCAUUUGUACUGGAGUGGGGGGAAGAAGCCAAAGGUAUCAAUGCGUGUUGUCCUUCUUCAUUAUAGCAAACCAAGUACUCGCUCGCUCUCUCAUGUCCCGAAACCUUCUAUCCCGAAUAAAAGCUCGGCACAAUCCCAAGCACAGUUCUGCCCGAAACUUUCCCUUUAAACCCCACAUAAAGAGACUCGUUAAUGAACUCUGCGGAAUACUUAGAACCCGCGAUCAAUGGGAAGAAACCCUGGAAAAUCGCCUCUCUGAAGAAGAAGUCGUCGCAUCGGAUAUAGCCCAUUUGGUUUUAGAUCGAAUUCGCGAUGCCGAAUUGGGGUUAAAGUUCUUUGAUUGGGUAAUCGCACGCCCUUAUGGCAGUUCCCUUGAUGGGUGUGUUUAUUCUUCACUUCUAAAGCUCUUGGCAAAGUCUAGAGUGUUUCCAGAGAUUGAGGCUCUGUUGGAACGUAUGAAAGUUGAAGAUGAGAUACCUACUCGCGAAGCUUUAGACGCUGUAAUUCAAGCAUAUUCGGAUUCUGGAUUGCUUGAUAAAGCUCUUGAAAUUUAUGGAACUGCGCUUGCUAAGUAUAAUACUGUUCCAAGUGUUUUCGCUUUCAAUUCUUUACUCAAUGCGCUUGUGAAGGGUGGUAGAAUUGAGUUUGCACGUCAGAUGUAUGAUGGAAUGAUUGAAAGAGAUGCAGGAGGCGAUAAUCCUUAUAUUGACAAUUAUAGCACUGGUAUAAUGGUGAGAGGUCUUUGUGAAGAAGGGAAAAUUGAGGAAGCAGAAAAGUUGGUCGAGGAUAGGUGGGGAAAGGGUUGUAUGCCGAAUGUUGUUUUUUACAAUACUCUCAUUGAUGGCUAUUGCAAGAAAAAUAAUAUUGAAAGGGCUUCUGAGCUUUUUAGGGAAUUGAAAUUGAAGGGGUUUUUGCCUGCAGUGGAAACAUAUGGUGCUAUAAUCAAUGGGUUUUGCAAGGGAGGUAAUUUUAAGGCAAUUGAUAGGCUCUUGGAUGAAAUGAAGGCAAGGGGUUUAAAAGUUACAAUUCAAAUUUAUAAUAAUGUUAUCAAUGCUCAAUAUAGGCAUGGUUUUGUGAUGAAGCCAGUGGCCGCUAUACAAAAGAUUAUUGAUAGUGGUUGCACACCAGAUAUUGUGACCUAUAAUACGUUAAUUUAUGGUUCUUGUCAAAAGGAGAAGGUUGAGGAAGCUGAACAGCUUCUAGAGGAGGCUACAAGAAAGGGAUUGAUGCUCAACAGGUUCACGUAUACUCCUCUUUUACAGGUCUAUUCCAGACAAGGAAAAUUCAUAAGGGCUUCAGAAAUACUAAUCAAGAUGACAGAAAUAGGAGAUAACCCUGAUGUGGUCACUUAUGGGGCUCUUAUCCAUGGGCUUGUUGCUGCAGGUGAAGUAGAUACUGCACUGGCAGUUUGUGAUAAAAUGGAGGAGAAAGGAGUAUUACCUGAUGCUGGUAUUUACAAUGUUUUGAUGAAUGGAUUUUGUAAGAAAGGGAGGCUUCCUGUUGCCAAACAGCUACUGGCUAAGAUGCUUGACCAAAAUGUACUGCCCGAUGCAUUUGUUUAUGCAACUCUAAUUGACGGAUAUGUUAGAAAUGGAGAGCUUCAGGAGGCAGAGAAACUCUUUGCAUUCCUAAUUGAGAAAGGUGUUGAUCCGGGUGUGGUGGGUUACAACACCAUGAUUAAGGGCUAUUGUAAAUUUGGAAAAAUGAAGGAUGCCAUGUUGUGCGUGAAAAGAAUGCUAAAAAACCAUAUUUCUCCUGAUGAGUUUACUUACUCCACAAUUAUAGAUGGCUAUGUGAAGGAACAUGACUUGGAUGGUGCCCUAGGGGUUUUUAACCAAAUGGUGAAACAAAAAUGCAAACCAAAUGUCGUUACAUAUACAUCUCUGAUUAAUGGAUUCUGCCGCAAGGGGGACUUUCGUGGGGCUGAAAAUGUAUUGAAAGAGAUGCAAUCACAUGGUUUGAUGCCUAAUGUUGUCACAUACACUAUAUUGAUAGGAAGCUUUUGCAAGGCAGGUAAACUUACAAAAGCCUCCUUUUUCUUUGAACAAAUGCUGAUGAGCAAAUGCAAUCCCAAUGAUGCUACAUUUAAUUAUUUGGUAAAUGGAUUAUCAAAUAGCAGAAAACAUUUGAAUUCUGAUCAGGGAAGCAAGCCUUGUGAAUAUAUCCCUUCUAUGCUUUUGAAUGUUUUCAGAAUGAUGAUAUCUGAUGGAUGCAUUCCCAGGGUUGCUGCUUAUAGUUCUAUUCUUGCUUGCCUUUGCUUGAAUGGAAUGCUCAAAACUGCUUUGAGGUUGAAUGAUAAGAUGGUUAGUAUGGGCUGCAAUUCUAGUUCUGUAGCUUUUGCUUCCCUGCUUCAUGGCGUGUGCUUGGAAGGGUGCUCUAAGGAAUGGAGAAGCAUCAUAUCCUGCAGUUUAAAUGAGCAAGAGCUCCACAUUGCCAUGAGAUAUUCAUUGUUAUUAGACCAGCAUCUACCAAAAGUAGUGAUAUCGGAAGCUUCACAGAUCUUGCAGACCAUGAUUGAAGACUACAGGUUUCAUAACAGUGAUGUAAAAGAGCUUAAGGUUUCAGUGAGUUAG